GAAUCACAUGGAAGAAGUUAGGGAUCAGAGACAGCUGCAUAGACUGAGACCAAGGGUAGCUGUACUUUGUUGAUAGAGAACCUACAUUUUGAAAAUGGAGAACGGCACAGAAGGAAAGAAUUUCUACAUCCCCAUGAACAACAGGACGGGGCUUGUUAGGAGUCCUUUUGAAUAUCAACAGUAUUACCUGGCGGAUCCCUGGUUUUUCAGAUUGCUGGCCGCCUGGAUGUUUUUCCUGUUCUGCACUGGCUUUCCCAUAAAUGCUCUGACACUGGUGGUCACAGCUCAGAACAAGAAGCUUCGGCAACCUCUCAACUUCAUCCUGGUGAACUUGGCUGUGGCUGGACUGAUCAUGAUCAUCUGUGGCUACACAGUCUGUAUUUAUUGCUGCAUGAUGGGCUAUUUCAGUUUGGGUGCCCCAAUGUGUCAAUUUGAAGGAUUCGCUGCUACACUUGGAGGUCAAGUUGCCCUGUGGUCUCUUGUGGUUUUAGCCAUUGAGAGAUACAUCGUGGUUUGUAAACCCAUGGGAAGUUUCAAAUUUACUGCCACUCACUCUGCAAUUGGCUGUGCAUUCACGUGGUUUAUGGCUUCCUCUUGUGCCGUUCCUCCUUUGGUUGGUUGGUCAAGAUAUAUUCCUGAGGGCCUUCAGGUUUCCUGUGGACCGGACUAUUACACUCUGGCCCCAGGCUUCAACAAUGAAGCAUAUGUUAUGUACAUGUUCUCUUGCCACUUCAUGGUCCCUGUCGUCACCAUUUUCUUCACAUAUGGAAGCCUUGUGAUGACAGUCAAGGCUGCCGCAGCUCAGCAGCAGGACUCAGCUUCAACUCAGAAAGCUGAGAAGGAGGUGACACGGAUGUGCGUCCUGAUGGUGCUGGGAUUCCUCAUCGCUUGGGUCCCAUAUGCUUCCUUUGCUGCAUGGAUCUUCUUUAACAGGGGGGCUGCCUUCUCACCCAUCGCCAUGUCCAUCCCAUCAUUCUUCUCAAAGAGCUCAGCAUUGUUCAAUCCUAUUAUCUACAUUUUAAUGAACAAACAGUUCCGUAACUGUAUGCUGGCUACAAUUGGAAUGGGUGGAAUGGUUGAAGAUGAGACCUCAGUUUCGACCAGCAAGACAGAAGUCUCUACUGCAGCUUAAGGAUAACAAUUACCCAUGUGCGGACAGCCUCCUUUACGUCUUCCUGGUUCUGAGUGGCAUUUUUGACAUGCAAAUAAACAAACGGAUGCAAGAUAAUACGCUCUGGAACAAAUGGACAAAACUUUCUCAAAACUCUCUCUCAAAACUAUGGAAAGCAUUUUGCUACUCAACACCCAUGAUCAUUAUAUUUGUCUAGGGGGGACUUAAACACAGCCUUGUUUAACAGUGAUGUUAACAUCUGCUUGGGAAAUGUUUGGAUGGGUGGGUGAGAUUGACAUUUGUAUAUUCAUGAUAUUGAGAGGUUUGCAUAUGUUUCAGCCUUUGUCACUAUAGCUUGUAAAUAUUUUAUAAGGAAAAAUGUAGAUAAACAAUAAAUGCAUGAAUGAAAAUA